CUCCCCGCCCUCUUCCCUGCUUCCUUGCCGCUGCGAUGGAGUCGUAGGGGCGUGCGGAGGGAGAAGCGGUCGCUCUUCCCCGAGGGAGAAGGAGAGCGCUCCCGCAGCGGGCGGGCGGGCGGCCCGCAGGAGCCCGAGAUGGCGGACAGCGCCGCGGCCACCGCCGCCCCCCGCGCCGGCGUGAAGGGCAGCUCGGCGGGGCCCUGGUGGAAGUCGCUGACCAGCAAGAAGAAGCACAAGGAAGCGGCGGCCGCCCCGCCGCCCCCCGCCGCCGCCAGCGAGGCCCCCGCAGCCCCUUCCAGCCCCGGCGGCCGGGAGGAGCAGCCGCCCCCCUUCGGCGGCGGCGGCGAGGCCGCGGGGGCGGGCGGCGGCAACCGCCGGAGCCUCCGCGUCUCCCACUCGGGCCGCUUCAAGGAGAGGCGGAAGGUGCGCACCUCGCUGCUGGCCGACAGCCCCGAGGUCUUCGACGGCGGCGGUGCCCCGGGCCGUGCCGCCCAAGGGGGCGAGUAGCCCAGGAGGGCUUCGCCCCCCGGAGCCGCGGCCCUGUGAGGAGCCGCCACUGGACGGGUGGCCGGCGCACCGGCGGGACGGGUGGCCGGAGCCCGCGGCUGCCCCCCAGCUGGGCUUGGCCUCGCUUGGCCCCGUGGGCGACAUGGAGGCGCGUGGCAGCGGCCUCCCCAGCCCUGACCGGACACCGUGGGGAGCCCAGCACCUCCGCCAGACGAGUGAACCGCGUGCUGCGUUACACGAACGCCGCCGAGACCCGUCCCCCGGAUGACGGGACGAUGUGAUUGUCUUAACAAAAUAACACCAAUAAACACCCCACUCCCUGUACUGUGGUGAGCGGACUCGCAGGUGCUAUCCCAGGGCCGAGGCUGGGGUUUCUGUACCGUCCCCCAGCCCUUGCCGGGAGCCGCGGCACUGACUUCUCAGGCCUGUGACCCCGCUGCUCUCGGCUCUCCGGCAGAGGAGGUGCUUUGCUGCUCUCGCCCGUCUCACGCGCUGCCUUAUGGAAGGAAGGGUGAACGAAGUGCUUUUAUCUAACUUCAGCGCCUCGGGCCUCGGCGCUGCCGUACGUGCUCCUGCCCUGCCGUUAGCAGGCACGCUGUGAACCCAUCCUCCUCCCCCUGCAGGGGUCGAAAGAGGGGUUACGGUGAGGGGCAGGCACUUGCAUUCGCCCGUGCCCCACAUCACAUCACAUUUAAAUAUGCAAAAGGCAGGACCGUGCUGGUUUUCUCCCUCUUCUUACCGUGUAAUGAUAAGCAGGUUUUUCAGAGGCGGGUCUCCUGUAGCUCUGUUACAGAGGGAGGCCGGUUGUCAUCUAGCAAUUCACGCUGUUUACCCAGGGAACACAUGAUUUUUGCAUAAUUGGUGAUAACUGGCAUAAUGAAGCUCCGAUGAUGAAAUUGUGUGAUAAAAUGUAAAUACUCCUGGGAGACGAGACCAGGCCUGGCGAGCACAGGCAGGGUUGUACCCCUAAUGUGGAAAUAGGCUUGGGCACCACUGGAAAUGUUCUUUACUGUUUACCGUGUCCGAGGCUGGUGAAGCAAGGUUAAAGAUUCCCAGGAUUUCUUUUGAUAGCAAGAUAAUGUACUUUAACUCGGGCAGCUGUCUGCUCCCUCUAACAGCUCCUGGAUUUUUGGAUGAAGUAAACUAUAAGCCAGAUUUGUACUGGUAUUGUGCCUUACAGAGCAAACUCAGCUAAAAACACUCAGCAAUUACACAUUUCUUGACAGUAGGUGAUGUAGCAACAACUGAUUUAUUUAUUUUAAAUGCAUUCGCGAUAUACUUUAUAUUGUUAAAAUGGUUUUAGACUUUUUCUGAAUGUGAGAGAAGAUACUACAUAGUGGCAGGGACUGAAAAUUAUUUCCUAGCAGUCAAGCAUUAUGCAGUUAUGAUUUUGUUUGGUUGUAACUAAUGAUUUAAGGUCAAUUAAAAAUAAAAAGUGACCUGAAAGGAAACAAGAGCAGAGAGCUGAGUUCCAGGUAAAAAUAUGGAUUAAACCAGUCACUGACAAUCACUGAAAUGAUGCAGUAGGUGCUGGGCAAGUGCCCCAUGGUUCAGUGUGUGUGUGUAAUAAUAUGUAAUGAACUUCGAGAGCUCCUGUGCGAUAAACUCAGACAACCUAGCUGGCUUAGGUACUUACCGGUCCUUUACUCAGCUAAUCCUUCAGACACUGAAGGACAAAGGGACUGUAGCAUCAAAUCUAUUUCCAUAAAAGCUUUUUUUCCACCCAGUGUGCAGACAUAUGCUUUUUUAUUUCAUUUAGUAAAACUACACGGUACCGGUUUUGGACUGCCUUUUUAUGUUCCUGACUACAUGCUGACCAAGCAAAGAGCUGGGGGGUUGUGGGGGGAGCUCUUGGAAGUUUCUCCUCGGAGAUGCUUUUCUUACGUGGAGCCUCUUCAGUCAAGGGGCAUCUGAAAUCCUUCCACUGAGAAGAAGCAAUUGGAGCAAACCCAGCCUCAGACGAAGGGGUGUGAGAGAGAAGGAGGAGAGUUUAAAAGCUGGGAACAGAGAAACAGAUGAAGAAGACCCGUACUUCAGCUAUAGUUUAGCCUGGGGUGCGGGGAGAGGAGGCAGAAAGGGGUGGCUUUGCUGCUGGGGUUGUCGUACUGCCUUUGGAAGGCAACAUGUUCCUAUCUAUUACAGGCAAAAAAAAUUCUGCCUGUAUGUAUUCUGGGGCCCAAAGAACCUUUUUUGUAUGUUUGUGUGUCCAAAAUGGAAGAACAAGUAAGCAGGUGGUGCACUGGUGUGUUUCUUACUACUGUGUCUGGUUUAGUGUGAGCUCUGUGAGAGUUGGAUCCUCGGAACUAUCCAGAGGCCUGAGUAUGGAGUGUUUUAUACAUCUCAUGCAGAUGCUUCUCUGCGUUUUUAAUCCUUACACUGUUGUGAAAAUACAGUCUCCUCUCUCUCCUGCACCUCCAGGCUACCUCUUCCUACAGUGAACCUCUAUGUGCUGUUUGGAAAGGUCUUGCUUUAGUUGCAAGUCUUUACCUAGGCACGAGAUACCUACCAAUUUGGGUUUUAUUUGAGAAGAAGUUUGGUAUGCUGUUCAGAUGGCUGCUGUUAAGAUUCGAUAUCAAUACCGGUUAAUAUGUGACUAAAUAUUAGCUAUGUCUUAAUCCUUGUGUAUGGCACUUUCAGCUUGGAAAUUUGGUCAGAAUACAAAGUCAAUAAACGUACAUAAAAUGA